UUAGUGGACUUCGCGCGUCGACGAACAACAGGCUGUACAACCGUCGAUCAUCUACGAGGCAAGAGCUUUGUCAGUCUUGAAUUCUAUCGCCUGCGGAAAUACACACAGCUUUCAAGAAUAAUAACGGAACUUGUCUGUUAUCUCUGGAGCAAGAGAAUCGAUUGAAAGCGCAUGAAGAAAAUUUGGAGCAAACUCAUCAAUUAAAAGAUCCCUGCGAGAACAGCAGCGACGAGAUCAAUUGCAGAAUGCCACACGGUUAACUGGGUUUUCAACAAAGGAAUGAGCAGCCCUCGAAACCAAUUGAGUAUUUAUAUACGUAACUGCUUGCAUCACAAUCGUGAUGGGCGGCCAAAUCAGAUAGAAUUGAGGAUUAUGAGCACAGAUAUUUCUAAUACUACGGGCGAGAGUUGGACAAAAGUGAUCGUAUCCAUUUGCGAGUCUUCUUCCCUCUGUCGCGAGUCUAGGACGGUCGCUGACAUCCCCGAUACCGCAUCGUCAUCGAGACGGAAGUGCUCGUGUCCAUCACGGCCGUUAACGGCGAUUCGCUGCGCGCCUUUUCGCAGACGGGUGUCUUUCAGCGACACCACUGCCUUUAUCGGGACCGCCGCCGAUCAUCAUUGUCGCCGUGCUACAAUCAUGCAAGAUGACGAUCCAGCAAGCUCAUGUCACGAUAAUAGGAGAGAAUCCGAGAGUAAUUCGAGAGAACGGGAGAAUUUCGACUACGACAUAUGGCAGGCGGACGAUUCAUCGACCGGCAGAAGCGAUGACGGAUACUCGGAAAGUACGCCGAGGAUCGAUAAUUACGCGGAAAGUCGUUGCGUAUCAGGUUGCAUUUUCGACAACGACAAGGGCCAGCGUCCACAUUUGGAAGAUAUCGACGGGCAAACGAUCGAGAACGAUGGAUACAGGCGAGAGGAAUGGGGCGGCGAGAGCGAAGUCUGUUCGAUGGUUCGCGUGACUGAAAAUAAGAAACAAAAAAUGAGAAAAGUCGACGAAGAUGAUACCAUAUCAAAUGAGGACCUAUCAAACCACAUACACAAAGAUAUAGAUUCGGUCGUUGACAAUGAGCAUCGUAUGCGAGGAGGUUGCGGUGGAUGUUGCUGUGGAGCACGUGAGAACAUCCGGAGGAAUUACGGUUGUUGUUCUGGAGGAUUCGUGCCAGAGCCAAAUGAAUCAUGCGCGUCCAAUGCGAACGCCAAAGCAGCAUGCACCGUGCCGUCGCGUUGCUGCUGUCGUCCUCGAGUCUGCAAGAAAGCGGCCAAAUGCGAAACGCCUCCAUGCACGACAGACGUCCGAAGUUGUGGCGGCGGUAGAUGUUGCGGUAACGGGUGUCGUUGCGAGAAAUCUGGUCAGAUCUGUAUACCGUCGCCGAGAAUCUGCAAUUCGCCAGCUUAUUCUUUGCGUGGAAGGUCGCCCUGCGCACCGCGUUGUCCUUCACAGUCACCGUGUCCUAGCAGUGGCUGUUACACUGGAGCCUUCGAAUGUACAAGGUCGAGCAGUCCGAGAUGCCGGUCCAUCAUUGAUAGUGGAUGCUGCAUCAGCGAUGGAGCAAAGUGUGGUACCGAUGGAGCCUGCUGCCGGCUGAGAUUGCAAUGCGAAUGCCUUGGUGGCGGCCUCGACUGUCGGCGAUGCGGAAGAAAAGUCUACCAGGCUGAGAUGCAGAUUGUUUCCGGAGUACCAUACCAUAGCAUUUGCUUCAGUUGCUUUUGUUGCCGAAAGCCAUUGGAAUCGCUGACUUAUCAGGAGAACUGCGGCGAGAUUUAUUGCAAACAAUGUUACGUUCGUAAUUUCGGACCGCAAGGAUAUGGUUAUGGCGCGGGAGCCGGCGUACUGCAGACUCCUUUGUGA